GGGAAUUCCUGACCACCACCAACAACUGCUUACUUUGAUAGAGACAGAACCACAGUCAGAUCAGUAUGUGUUCCUUUAAUUCCCAGAAGUCAGACCAGACUGAUGUUCCUCCCCCGCCGCCACCGCCCCCAUUGAUCGGCAAAACAGCCCCCAAGCCCCCAAAUGUAGCAUCCGAGGGACCCGCCGGGUCUUACCUGGUCGAGUUACUAAUUUUCAACGGCUGGCCUUUUAAAGAUCACUGGGCGUACUGGGUCCGGUCACAUUCCGACCCUAAUAUCGGUGUGCAGCUUCAUGCGACCGGGGAUGUAAGGAACGGCUUCGAGUUCCAGAUCAAACGCUACUAUGACUUCCACGACGAGAACAGUGAAUGUCCCUCGACAAGAAUCCCCCUCCAAUGGAUUGAUGGGAAAUACUUCGAUGAACGGGCGAUGAUGAAUAAUGGUGUGUUUAAGUUGGACAUUGUGCCUGUCUGUGUCUGUGGCUUUGAAGCUUGUGCAUACAAGGUCAAGGCUCCAGAAAAGUCUUUGAAUACCGUUACCGAGGCUACCAUUUCGGAAGGCCAAAGGGGUCAAAAGGUGAACCAAAGGAACUGUCAGACAUGGAUUGUGGAGUCUGCCGAUCAACUCGUCCGGGAUGGGAUCUUUCGCCAACAGGUUGCGAUGUACCUUCAUGCUAUUGAGCAGUGAUACACAUGAGUUUUAUCAUUUACUGG